UCUGCUUAAGUAAGAACUCACCGGUACUUAGUACUUACGAACAAAUGUGUGAAGCUGUGACAGCAAAAGAAAGUGUUCUAGAACACAAAAAUAUUGGUGGGUGUGGUAUUUGGUCCAUAAAGAAAUUGUGUUGUUGUUUUUCACAUUCAUUGACUUUAUAAUCAAGAAAUUAGAAGCUUAAAAUAAGAACUCUUAUUUUUCUUUAAGGUUAACAUGAAGUCUGUUGACUCAUCCAAGAAACCACCACCACCCCCAUUGCAUUACUUCAAGAGUGAUGGAGCUUUGGUAACAGCACUGAAUUUUUUAGUUUUUCAUGAUGAAGCAUAUCUUGCUCAAGGCAGUCAGGAUGGAAACCUGACAGUAUGGGACUUGAAGAGCUGCGAGCGGCGCUGGUCGGUGGCAGCGCACAGCUCGGCCUGCCGUGCCGUGGAGCAGCUAGAGAGCGGCCACGUGGUCACCCAGGGCAGAAACGACGCCAUCCGCCUGUGGGACGUGGAUUCCCAGCAGCCUGUAGCUUCACUGCCCUUCAGCCAUCAUGGGUUCUGUCGGAUGGCGGUGGUCGGCGGCCGGCUGGCCUGUCCCAGUGAGCCGGCCUCCGAGGUGGCGCUGCUGGACCCGCGCUCGGGCGCCGAGGCCGGCCGACUGGCGGCGCCCGCCGAGCUCGGCACGGUGAUGGCGCUGGCGCCACUGCCGGGUGCCGCCGGCGCGCGCCUGCUGGCCGUGUACGAGUCGGGCGGCCUGCUGCUCUGGGACCCGGCCCAGCCCUGCCGGCCGGCCGACCGGCUCCAGGUCACCACCGAGACGCCCAUGUGCGUGGACGCGGCGGCGGACGGCCGCGGUCUGGUGGGCACCUCCGGCACCGCCGUGCCCUCGUUCUCUGUCGGCGCCGCCGGCCGUCUGCAGGCCGGCCCGCCGGCCGCCAUCACCAACCCGGGCGUGGCCAGCGUGCGGCUGCGGCCCGACGGCCGGCUGGCCGCGCUCGGCUGCUGGGACGGCCGGCUGCGGCUCGUCUCCGGCCGCCGGCUGCGCCUGCUCGCCGCCCUCGAACACCACACGGCCACCGUCGAGUGCGUCCAGUUCGCGCCGCGGCCGGUCCGGCUGUGGAAGGCGCGUGCGCUACUGGCCAGCGGCUCGGCAGACGGCACCGCCGCCCUCUGGAAGGUGUAUGACGACUCAUGACGCCGCCCCGCGUCCCAAGGCACUGUACCGUGAGUGCUGUAAGUGGCAGCGCGACCGGGGUAAUCUGUGAUACCGUCAGACUGGCGGGCCACUCAUCCUGUAUUCCGCAUUCGUAACAUGGCAGGGCUGCGAUCAUCGGGUGACAAUGACACUGGGAAAAUACAUAUGACGAACGAUGUGUA